AUGGCCCCCUGCUACCUGCCUGCUGCUACCUUACUGCCUAAACCUACUGCCUGCUCCCUCCUACUUACUGCUGCUCCCUGCUACCUACUGCCUGCCUGCUACCUACUGCCUGCCCCUGCUGCUCCUGCUACCUACUGCCUGCCCCCUGCUACUUACUGCCUGCUCCCUGCUACCUACUGCCUGCCCCCUGCUACAUACUGCCUGCUCCCUGCUACCUACUGCCUGCCCCCUGCUACUUACUGCCUGCUCCCUGCUACCUACUGCCUGCUCCCUGCUACCUACUGCCUGCUCCCUGCUACCUACUGCCUGCUCCUGCUACCUGCUACUUACUGCCUGCUGCGCCUGCUAACUGCCUGCCCCCUGCUACAUACUGCCUGCUCCCUGCUACUACUGCCUACCUGCCUGCUCCCUGCUACCUACUGCUGCUACUACUGCCUGCCCCCUGCCUACUUACUGCCUGCUCCCUGCUACCUACUGCCUGCUCCCUGCUACCUGCCCUGCUCCCUGCUACUUACUGCCUGCUCCCUGCUACCUACUUGCCUGCUCCUGCCUUACUGCCUGCUCCCUGCUACCUACUGCCUGCUCCCUGCUACUUACUGCCUGCUCCCUGCUACCUACUGCCUGCUCCCUGCUACUUACUGCCUGCUCCCUGCUACCUACUGCCUGCCCCCUGCUACUUACUGCCUGCUCCCUCCUACCUACUGCCUGCUCCCUGCUACCUACUGCCUGCCCCCUGCUACUACCUGCCUGCUGCCCUACUGCCUGCUCCCUGCUACCUACUGCCUGCUCCUGCUACCUUACUGCCUGCCUCCCUGCUACUUACUGCCUGCUCCUGCUACCUACUGCCUGCUCCCUGCCUGUCCCUGCUACCUCUGCCUGCUCCUGCUACCUACUGCCUGUCUGCUACUUACUGCCUGCUCCCUGCUACUACUGCCUGCUCCCUGCUACUGCCUGCUCCCUGCUACUUACUUCCCUGCUACCUACUGCCUGCUCCCUGCUACUUACUGCCUGCUCCCUGCUACCUACUGCCUGCCCCCUGCUACUUACUGCCUGCUCCCUGCUACCUACUGCCUGCUCCCUGCUACUACUGCCUGCUCCCUGCCCUACCUACUGCCUGCUCCCUGCUACUUACUGCCUGCUUCCCUGCUACCUAUGCUGCUACUGCCUGCUCCCUGCUAA